UUCCGGGAUCCGGGUCGCUGGCUGCGCUGCCGCCUCCGGGCGCUGGCCGCAGCUGGCGGGCGCAUGUGGGGGCGCGCGGCGCGGAGGCGAUGCCCGCGAGGGCUGCGGCGCGGCCGGGAGGCGCUGCUGGCGCUGCUGGCGCUGCUGGCGCUGGCCGGGCUGGGCUCGGUGCUGCGGGAGCGGCGCGGGGCCGGGCCUGUUGAGCCGGGACUCCCGCGCCCCCCGCGGUCCGGGCGGCGCGACCCGGUUCUGCCGCGGCCGCCGGUGUCGGAGGACGCUCUGGGCGCACACGGCGAGGCAGUGCGGCUGCAGCUGCAGGGCGAAGAGCUGCGGCUGCAGGAGGAGAGCGUGCGGCUGCACCAGAUCAACAUCUACCUCAGCGAUCGCAUCUCGCUGCACCGCCGCCUGCCUGAGCGCUGGAACCCUCUGUGCAAAGAGAAGAAAUACGAGUAUGAUCAGUUGCCCACCACAUCUGUCGUCAUAGCGUUUUAUAAUGAAGCCUGGUCAACUCUCCUUCGGACAGUUUACAGUGUCCUCGAGACGUCCCCAGACACCCUGCUAGAAGAAGUUAUCCUUGUAGAUGACUACAGUGAUCGAGAGCACCUGAAGGAGCGCCUGGCCUCCGAGCUGGCAGGGCUGCCCAAGGUCCGCCUGAUCCGCGCCAACAAGAGGGAGGGCCUGGUGCGAGCGCGGCUGCUGGGGGCUUCUGCGGCCAAGGGCGACGUGCUGACCUUCCUGGACUGCCACUGCGAGUGCCACGAGGGGUGGCUGGAGCCGCUGCUGCAGAGGAUCCAUGAAAAGGAGUCAGCGGUGGUGUGCCCUGUGAUUGAUGUGAUCGACUGGAACACCUUUGAGUACCUGGGGAAUGCCGGGGAGCCCCAGAUUGGCGGUUUCGACUGGAGGCUGGUGUUCACGUGGCACAUGGUUCCUGAGAGGGAGAGGAUCCGCAUGCGGUCCCCCGUCGAUGUCAUCAGGUCUCCAACCAUGGCUGGUGGGCUGUUUUCUGUGAGUAAGAAAUAUUUUGAAUACCUGGGGUCUUAUGACACAGGAAUGGAAGUUUGGGGCGGAGAAAACCUCGAAUUCUCCUUUAGGAUCUGGCAGUGCGGGGGAACCCUGGAGACACACCCGUGUUCGCACGUUGGCCACGUUUUCCCCAGGCAAGCUCCCUACUCCCGCAGCAAGGCUCUGGCCAACAGUGUCCGCGCAGCUGAAGUGUGGAUGGAUGAAUUUAAAGAGCUCUACUACCAUCGCAACCCCCACGCCCGCUUGGAACCCUUUGGGGACGUGACAGAGAGGAGGCAGCUCCGUGAAAGGCUCCGGUGUAAGGACUUCAGGUGGUUCUUGAAUACCGUGUAUCCAGAACUGCACGUGCCUGAGGACAGGCCUGGCUUCUUCGGGAUGCUCCAGAACAAAGGACUAAAAGAUUACUGCUUUGACUAUAACCCUCCCAAUGAACACCAGAUCACAGGACACCAGGUCAUUCUGUACCGCUGUCAUGGGAUGGGUCAGAACCAGACAUCCUUUGAGAAUAUCAUUCCUAACAGCCUGUUGAUAUUCCUUUGUGUGGCUAUAUUAAUUACUAUUGAGUUUUUCGAGUACACGUCCCAGAAUGAAAUACGCUAUAACACCCACCAGCCAGAAUGCUGCAUGGCUGUGGAGGCAGGAAUGGAUGUUAUCACCAUGCAUCUCUGUGAGGAAGCCACCCCAGAGGAUCAGAAGUUCAUCUUGCAGGAGGAUGGUUCUUUAUUUCAUGUACAGUCCAAGAAAUGUGUUCAGGCUGAGAAGAAGGAGUUGAGUGACAGUUUUGUACCACUCUUACGAGACUGUACCAACUCGGAUCAUCAAAAAUGGUUCUUCAAGGAACACAUGGUAUGAAGUGCCACUGUACCACAGAGCCCAUCAGAGGAGAUGGGGGGAGCCCCUGGACUCCAUGUUAAACAAAGACUUAACUAAGCACAGAGACAGACCCACUAAACACUUGGCUGCUCUUCUUUUUAUAAGGAAAUCAUUUUGUGAUUUGUGAAAUUGGUGUUGGCUUUAGUAAAAAUGUAAGCUUUAUAUUGAUUUUGAAAACUUUAAAAUUGUUCCCAAAUACCCUGUUUUUCAAAGGGUAGUCAUAAAAUGUUAACUUCUGGUAUUCAGAGAAUUAAAAGCUUUGACUAUUUUUCUAUCAAGAU